AUGAACAUAAAAGAACAAAAAGCCAUUCAUAAAUUGAUAAAGGCAGGUUACUUAGAGUAACAUAAUCAGUUAAUUGCCUAAGGAAUAACUAAUCCAUGGUUUAAUUAUCAUCACUUAAAUAAAAAUAAUGGUGAUAUUCAUAAAGUUAUCUUUUCUUACAAUGAAAAUUAAAAUAAGAAGGAAGAAAAGAGAUAAAGAGCAUUAAAAACAAUUGAAAAUAUGGGAUGGCUUCAUAAAAAUUAGGAACUACUAGAAAAAGGAUUUCCUCAAAUUAAAAAAAAUUUGAAAGUUUUACUUAAAACAAAUGGAGAUGUUGAAAAAUCAAUUUCAAUAUUAAGUAAGAAAAAGUAUAUGAAAUUUGAUAAACCUAUUGAAUUAAUCAUGUAAGAACUAGGAUUUACAGUAUAAUUUGAAAAACUAAAAGAAAUGGGAUACACUAAUGAAAAAAAAAUAGCUAAGUUGCUAUUUAAAUUUGAGGGAAACUUAGAACCAAUUCUUGAUAAAUUUUUAAAGAUUAAAAACAAAGAUAAUGUUUAUUCAAUCAAAAAACCAAUUGAAAAACACAAGCCUAAGAAAUUUUCAUAAGAUUAUUAACAAUUAAAAAAAAAUAAAGCUGAACUUAAGUAAAAAUUUGCUCAUUUAAAGGGAAAGAAUAUUCAUGAUAAAAAAACAUUGAAAUUCUUAUCUAUUUUUAAUGGUGAUAUUGAAUCUGCUAUUAAGUGGUUAAACCAAAUCAAACCAUAAGCUUAGUCUUAAGGUUAAAUGUUGCUUGAACAAGAAGUUCUUGCACAAUAAUGAGUU